AUGAAUAAUAUAACAACAAAAGAAAAAGAUGAUAGAUUAAAUUUAGAAAAUCUUUCAAUUAGUGAUAAUAAUAGCGAAGAUUCAACUUCAUCAAAAUCGACUUCAAAUAAUAAUAAUAGCAACAAUAAUGACAAUAAUAAUGGCAAUUUAAAUAGUCCAAACUCUCACUUAAAUAAAAUAAUAGUUAAUUGUAACAGUAGUGUUUCACCUCCAGUUUUUUCAUUAAUAAAACAAAGCUAUAUUAACCCCACUCAAGUAUUUAUUGUAUGUUCAAAAUGGACGAGUUUUUUAAAUGGGAGAACUGUUAAAAACUUUCUCAUUUAUAAAAAAGAUAUAAAUAAAUCGUACAGAAACAAAAUACCCUCAGAUUUAGUUGCAGUAAAUAUAAACACCUCUUUAGAAGACUCAUUAUAUAUAUUAUCAGAGAAUGAAGUUGCUUCAAGUCCAGUAAUGGAGGAGGAUGAUGAAAUUGGAUCACCAGAUGACGAUUUUCAUGAUACUGAAAGCAGUGAUAGUGAAACAAGUUCAAAUUAUGAUGAAAAUGAAGAAGGUCAUUCAAAUAUUCAUGUUAUUAGUCCAAGUGAAUUAAAGGUAGUUAAAAAAGAAGAUUUAAAUAGUAGUUCAGAUAGUGUUGGUAGCGCAAAUAGUUCAGGUAGCAAUGGUACUACAAAUGGGUGUAGCAGUGCGAGGAAGAAAAAUUUUUAUCGAAGUGGAAGUGUAUCCAGGAGUUCCCACAUCCAUAAUCAUCAAUAUCAUAAUCAACAUCACAUUAAAGGAGCAGCAAAAAAAUCAUCAUCCCCAUAUCACCAUGGUCAUAAUCACAAUACCCACCAUAAUGUAAAUAAUAACCCAACCACCCCAACAAAUAAUUUAAAUGGUAACGGCAAUAAAUUAAACAAUAGUUUGGGGAGUUCAACAGAAAGUAUUGGAAACUCACCAAAAAUACAGAAAAAAAAAUAUAAAUAUAGAGGUUUGGUGGGAGUUUUAGAUAUUCUCUCAUUCAUGUCAUAUUUAUUACACCGAAGAAAAAUAUUGGGAUUAAGUCCAGAUCAUACAAAUAUAUUAAAACAGUCAUUAAAACAAGUUAUCAGCUUUUCAACACUAAAUGAUAUGAGAUAUGUAAAAGAAGAUAUGUCUCUAUUACAAGCAUUAGAAGUUUUAAUAAGUAAAAGUCCCCCAUUCAAAGUCCAUAGAGUACCGGUUUUCAAUAACGAUAAUGAGUUAGUAGGAAUUCUAUCUCAAACUGAUUUUUUAUAUUUAGCUAGAGAGAAUUUACAUCAAAUAUCAAAUCAUUCAAAAAAAAGUGUAAAAGAAUUAAAAAUAAUGUAUCCUGUAGUUUCAAUACCCUCAAGUACUAUAACCAAAGACGCUUUCACUCUAUUAAGAUCAAAUAGAAUUAAUGGAGUUGCUAUUACUGAUGAUGAAUCAGGUAAACUGAUUCAUUGUUUAUCAUCUGAUGAUUUAAAGAAUAUUACAAGUUUAAAGUUUGAUUUAUUAUUCAAAACAAUUCAUGAAUAUUUAGAAGCGAGUGGUGGUCUUAAAAAACCCUUUACAAUUUCAGAGGAUACCUCUUUAGUAGAUGCCAUAAUAAAAAUGUGUGAUUAUAAAGUUCAAAGAUUAUUUACAGUUUCAGACGACUUUAAACCAAGGACAGUAACAACUAUAUCAGAUGUUUUAUUAAUAUUGUUAAAUUGUUAA